GCCUAAGGGAAAAGUCAAGCAGAUCAAACGAAGAUGCUAUCAGCAAAGCCAUUGACGACUCGUCAUCCUACCUUCUUCCCCUUAAAAAAUUCCCGCUUCCCUAACCCUAAACCUAGACUUGCCCCAACCCAAUCCCUCCGGAUUCAGGCUAUUAUGUCCGCUUCUCUUACCACCUCCACCGCCGAUUCAGAAGCGAGAACGGCCACCCCUGCGCUGACCCGAGUGGACAUCCUAUCCGAAUCCCUCCCUUUCAUCCAGCGCUUCCGCGGCAAGACCAUUGUGGUAAAGUAUGGCGGCGCCGCUAUGAAGUCUCCCGCCCUGCAGGCUUCCGUCAUCAAUGACCUUGUCCUCCUCGCUUGCGUUGGUCUCCGGCCAGUUCUCGUCCAUGGUGGAGGCCCAGAGAUAAACGCAUGGCUCCUCCGUCUCGGAGUCCAGCCCGAGUUCCACAACGGCCUCCGUGUUACUGACGCUCUCACUAUGGAGGUCGUGGAGAUGGUCCUUGUCGGCAAGGUCAACAAGUCACUCGUCUCCCUAAUAAAUCUCGCCGGCGGCACAGCCAUCGGCCUCUGCGGUAAGGAUGCCAGACUUCUCACUGCCCGGCCUUCACCCGAUGCAUCUUUGCUUGGAUUCGUCGGUGAGAUCGCUCGGGUCGACCCAGCGAUUCUACGCCCCAUCAUUGCCAACGGCCACAUCCCUGUCAUUGCUUCUGUCGCUGCAGAUGAAAAGGGUCAGGGGUACAAUGUGAAUGCGGAUACUGCCGCAGGUGAGAUUGCCGCCGCCGUUGGGGCUGAGAAGCUAAUACUUCUGACGGAUGUGGCAGGAAUAUUAACGGAUCGCAAUGAUCCCCGCAGCCUCGUGAAAGAAAUCGACAUCAAUGGGGUAAGAAGACUGGUCGAAGAGGGGAAGGUAGCUGGGGGGAUGAUCCCUAAAGUCGAUUGCUGCGUGAGGUCGCUUACACAGGGGGUUCGAACUGCAAGUAUAAUUGAUGGGAGAGUGGCGCAUUCAUUGCUGCUUGAGAUUCUCACGGAUGAGGGAGCUGGAACGAUGAUCACUGGCUGAGUCUGCAGUGGCAGUGGAGAAGAUAAGUGCUGUUAGAUUGUUGCACAACUGUUCUGCUUCUUUCUCGUAGCUUGGCUGCUGAUUCUCAGUUGCUUCUUUUUGUCGAUCUUCCUCACGUUUCCUUUAUUGAAUUCCUUUUUGGAUUCCUUUGAUUAGAAAAUUCUUGAUGUUUGCGGAACUUUUGAUAAUUGAACAAUGGAAAAAUUAGGGAACUUGGAUGUAAUAAACUUUCCUGGAGUGUUGCUUGACUAAGAAAUUCAUAUGCAUUUUGUAUAGAUGUUUUUAGCUAAGGCCUCACGUAUUUUAUAGCAAACAAAUGUUGA